CCUGAUUAUAUGAGGCGGGUUGGCUCGGUGUUGGCUCGCCACAUGCUCAGCAUGAUAAAAUUAAACAGCUCGGCAUAAUGGCAGAUCACUACAAAAAAAUAUUUGACAUUAUAUGAGGUGAGUCAACCCGCCUAGGCGAGCUGGCUCGUUUUUUCAACCCGGGACGGGUUGGUUAGGUGGGUUGACUCGGUUCAUAUAAUAUCACUUUGCCGAGCCAGGGCCGGGUUGGAAAUGACAAGCAUGCGCAUUGCCAUCCAAAACAGAAGAAAAACAAUAAUGGCGAGCGAAGCAGCAGACAAGAAGUUUAAAUGGACUUCAGAACUUGUGGAGCAGCUAAUAAAUUCCCUAAAGGAAUACAAAGUCAAUAUGACAUUUAAUAAUAAGGACUUUAAUGCUGAUAAACCUAAGCAGUAUGAGGAAAUUCGCGUAAUGAUGGCUCGAAAGAAUAUAGAGGACGUUGAUCUUUUUGGCCCAGAAAAAACUACAAUAAUAACCAACGAUAUGUGUGAACAGGACAGGAGCAACAUUAUAGCUGCCAUAAAAAUCGAAAAAGGACUAAUUAAAAAGGGGUAUAAUCGUGUUAUGGAGAAGAUUAAAAAAAUUAGGCAAGCAUUUUCAAGUGCCGUAUUAAGUGGUUCUAGAAGUGGGUCUGGAAAAUUAAUAGUGGAGUAUUACGAUGAACUUGUUAGUAUUUAUGGUGGUUCAGCUUCCACACAGCCAUUACGCUUUGGUUGUCAAUCUGUAAAUGUGACAAAUUUUGGUUUUAGUACAGAUUCUCCCCAUGACGAGAAUGAUACAAUAUCAACUGGGGGUAUGUCUACCUCCUCAAACACUGAGGAUGUCAAUGAUGAGAAUUUGGAAAGUGAAGUUAUGCAAACUCCAGUUUUGAAUAAAGGAAAGCAAAAGAGACCUCAUGCAAAGGACCCUUUCCAACUAAUUGACGACAAAAGGCAACAUCUGGAAAAAAGUUUGUCUGCCAGACAGCGGGAUCAGUUGUUAUUAAAAGAAAGUAGAGAAGAUGCAAUGUUUCGUAAAGAGCUUUGUGAUUCGAUCAAGCAAUCUAAUGAAAUGUUUGCAGGAGCGAUACGUGCAAUGAGUACCUCUUUCAUUGAAGUAGCCGAAAGUAUGAGAAGAUCAGUUGAGGCUUUAUCAAACUCUCCAAGGAGACAAACUUCACAUAAUAUGGUUUACCCACACCUUACUUUUCCAAGUCAAUCUAAUAGUAAUAACAAUGCCCCCAAUAAGGCAAAUAGCCAAAGCACACAAUCCAGUUCCACAUACUUAGAUUUUUUAAAUUCCUAGACAUUACAAACUUAACCAUUUAAUGUUUUGCCAUGUAUAUUUAUUAACAUAAAGUUUUUGUUUUGUUUUUACAUCAUUAAAGCACCACAUUAGUUAAGGUAAAGUAGUGAACUACUAAUAUAUAUUAUAUACGUAUAUAGUUAAAGUCCCAAAUUUUGUUAAAUGUGUUUUGUUUUACGAAUAGAGUUUUCUUUGACUUGUAAGAUAUUACUGCACACUGGAAUUUCCUUUUCGAGUUUCUUUUUCUAUACAACCCCAGGAAACUUCAGUUUUAGUGUUUAUUUGAAAUUGCAACUUUUUAAAAACAUAAAACAUGCAUAAACACAAACUUUAAAUAACAAAAAUUUCCUAAUAUAUAUAUAUCAAUUAUAUAGUUCAGCAACAAGUCACUAUCACUUAGUAUGAGUCCGGCAGGUUUUGAUUGAUAUAUUCAGUCAAUAAUGAUCUUAUCUCGUGUCCUUCAGAAGUAUUGCCUGAGUAUAUUGGGUCUGGAAUGUUUUUGUUUAAGCUUUCAUCAUUCUUAUGUUUUUCAAUGUUAGCUGUGACUAGCUCUUCAUCUAUAACUGUUGUAUUUAUUUCACAGAAAUUAUGUAAAGUGAAACAUGUCAUAACAAUCAGUGGUACAAUAUUCAAAUCAAGGUCUAUUUUUUUUGUUAAAAUUCCCCAUCGUCCUUUCAGUCUUCCAAAAGCACUCUCUAUAGGAUUACGUGCACAUCUCAGCAUUACAUUGAAAAUAACUUGACUGUUUGUCUUGCACGAUUCAUAUUCUUUCAUGCAAUGUGGUAACAAGGGAUAUGCAGGGUCACCAAUUAAAAAAUUUGGAAUUCUUUCAUAACCAGGUAAAAGGGAACUGUGAGUUAUUGGCAAGAGAUUUUCCUUCAUGUUUUUGCUGAUCAUUGAAUUGGCAAAUACUUUAGCAUCAUGGCAAGACCCUGGCCAUCUGCAAUCAACAUCCAUGAACAUACCUCUGAAGUCACAAACAGCUUGGACAUUAAGUGAAAAAAACUGCUUAUAAUUAAAAUAAUCUUGACUGCAUUCUCCUGGUGUCUUAAUUGGAAUGUGUGUUCCAUCAAUACAGCCAAAUGCCUGCACCAUUCCAUAUUUUAAUUCAAACUCUGAUGCUUUUUUGUACAUCUCUUCAGAAGUUUCAGGUAGUUUGAUUAAUUUCGGUGUCAGGUGCAUAGUUAUAGCUGCACACACCUCUUUAACCACUUUAGAAACAGUACACUGGUGUAUCCCAAAAGAGUUUGCUGUCAUCCAGAUAGAACCGGUGUCCUUUAGAAAAUAUAAAACGACAGCAACUUUCUUUUCUAAUGAUAAAGCUCGGUGGUUAGGUGUAUUGGAUUCAGGUGUGAGAAAGGGUCUUAAUUCAUCGCAAAGUUUAUUAAAAUCUUCCUUACUCAUACGAAAAUUUUUUUUCCAAUCAAAUGGGUUGUUAUAAAGCUGGUAUGUAUUGAUCCACCACUGGUCGGUUCUCCCUGGCCUAAACCAUACAGAUCUUCGUUUACGUGGAUUUCCCUGUUGGUGUUUCAAACGUUUUAAGAGUUUCCUUCGUUUUGUUAAAAAAUAUGUCAAUAUGUUCUGUAUUAGGCGAUUUCUUCGAAGCAAUGACAAAUACAGAACACCUUGGAUUUGGAAUAACAAACUAUUGGCGACCAAAAUACUUAAUGAUAAUUUUGACUUAAUUUCGCUUGUUUGUUUACAUCUUGCAUCCGCCAUUUUUAAAAAAUUACGCGCAUUUUUUUUUCAACCCGGCAGCAGUGUAGGUCUUGACCCGGGUUGA